GUGGUAGACUAAUGGUACACUACGUAUCAUAUUUUAGUACUAUCAGGUUAAAACUACACAACUGCUUCGAAUAAAAACUUUUACAUCGUUUUUAUUUUGAUGCCUUAGUAACGGUUUCGAUAAUAUUUUGGACUUUUCCUAAUAGUUCACUUAUCUUUUUAUUUAUAUCUCCUCCUAUUUCUCUUUCUUUCACCAUCUUUAAACGUCUCUCUCUUUUAUAUAAGACAUUCAUAGAAGCAUAAUAAAUACAACAAAGCAAAAAGGUAAAAUGAGCAUUCAGUUCAAUAUGACUAAUGCUCAAGAGUUGGGGCAAGAGAGUAUUGUGUGGGGCAUAUCCAAUUCUGAUGAUUCUCAAGGUGGCUGCAAGAGAAUCGACAAGCAACCGCCUCUAAUGCGUCCUUCUCAUCCGUCUGAAAUUCCGACAUCCGAUAAGAAAGCUUCAAAAGGAAAAAAGAGGACCCAAAGAAAUGAGAAAAAUCAUGUAGAAGAAUCACCCGAUCAUGAAAUACAUAUAUGGACUGAAAGAGAAAGGAGGAAGAAGAUGAGAGAUAUGUUUGCUAAACUACAUGCUUUGCUUCCCCAACUUCCUCCUAAGGCAGACAAAUCAACAAUCGUAGACGAGGCAGUGAGCUCCAUCAAAUCCCUUGAACAAACUUUACAUAAUCUCCAGAUGAGAAAACUCGAGAAACUUCAAUAUUCUUCGGCUUCAAACACAACAGCUACUACUGCUUUCCCUUAUGAUCCAUCUUCUUCUCCUACAAUUCUCCUCACACCAAUAUCAAACCAGCCCCAUAUCCUUCCCGUAGGUGCCGCCUCAGCAGAUUCUUACUCCCGUGAAGCUUUAUUGGCCAAUCAGAUAUCUUCUUCCAGCAUGAACCUGCCCUACCCUUGUGAUGACCCGACUGCUGAGUUUGAUACUUGGUCCACACGUAACGCCGUGCUGAAUAUCUGUGGAAAUGAAGCUUUCUUCAGUUUGUGUUGCCCUAAAGACAAAUCAGGGGUUUUCACUAAUAUGUGUUACUUGUUUGAGAAGUAUAACAUUGACGUUAUAUUUGCUAGUGUCUCCUCUAAUGUUUUCCGGAGCACCUACAUGAUCCAAGCACAAGUAAAGCCGAGCUAUGAGAAUCAGUUAUUGGGAGAUGGGUUUGGAGCUGCGGAAAUUUUCAAGCAAGCUGCUCAAGAAAUGGCCUUAUGUUUUUCAUCUUCUUGAAUCAAAUAUGGCUUCGGUUUAAAUUUAUUUUCAGGUCAUAAAAUGAAUUUUCAGUUUUAAGCACUUUAGGGUCUUUUGCAAAGUCCUUGUUUUUAUGUGCAUGUAUAGAUUAGUUUGGACUUUGAACUUUAACACCCAUUAUAAGAAAACAAAACAAGAAUAAAGAGAAGUGAUAUCUUCUUGGAACAUUGUUGUCUUAGUGCUUGUUCCCGGAAAUUUUAGUUUAUUUUUCCUUAAUCAAUGUAUAUUGGCAAACAUUGUCCAAUAGAAUAUAGAAUGCAUUGUUCUGUAUGAUGAAGAUGCAUUUAUAUUUACCCUAUUUUUUAUUGUCCAAUACAUGUUUCCAACAUACGUAAUAAAUUUAAAACAACAAUACUGUUGGUGUAUUUUAUUUUGGAAAAAUGGUUGAUAACUACCUGAUGUACAUACUGACCAUCACAUCACAUGGCUAACCAUGCAAAAUAAACUAAUGUAUAUAUACCCACAUGAAAUAUAUGUUAUACAUGCUAACAUCCUUCAAAUUUAUGAUGUCAUAUAAUGAACAUCACAAGCCUAAUUACAUUAAUCAGAAGUCGUCACAUGGACGCCGAAGACAUUAAAACCGUCAGUUUUUCGGUCGGUCUGCUAAAUGAUUUCUCUGACCCAUCCGACCCAAUUAAAUAAAAAUAUGACCCAACACGAUUGCUUCAACUCUAUAUUGUCUCUUUCGAAGAUUAGAGAGUCGAAGAACCUAUACACCAAAAUCGAAGUCGAGGAACGCAUUUCCACAUACCGAAACAUGUAAUAAUCGUUAAACACUGUAUAGAGAUAUUUCCUUUUUGUUCAAUUGUUAGGGUGUUAUUGAUUUGUUCGAUAGAUGGAUCUAAGAUCGUGGUCAUCAAGCAACAUUAGUUACAUAGGUUGUGGUGGUAGCAAAAAUGUGUGCUUGUCGUAUGCCAUCAAAGGUGUUCACGUCUUGGACAUAAGAAUCUUGGCCGCUGGUUUUUUGGGUGUGAAUUGUACAUUACCACCUUCUGCUUCUUCAUGAUUCUCUUUCUCUUUUUCAUGUAAGCUCGUCUCUUUAUCCUCUUCAGAAACAGAUUUUUCAAUGUAUAUGUCAACUUAUUUAUACCAUCGAGCUGCUGUUUCCAAAUUCUUCUUGUUAAGCUCCACUUUUCCGCACAAAGGCUUACACGUCAAGACUUUCAGAAGGGAGCUUGAACCACAUUUUCCCAAUAACGAUCCUUCUCUCAAACAGCUUUAACACCAAAGCUGUGAAGACAAAAGCUAAAUCCACCGUGAACAAAACGAGUUCUCCAUCAACGAAAGUCAAGACCCCUUCUUCCUUUUUAAAUUGUCCACCAUUGACUUUCACUGAAUUCUCGUCAAUAUAGAAUAUCAAAAAAAAAAAAAAAAUUAACCUUACAUAAAAUCAAGGCCUAAAAUCAAUAAGUAAUCCCGACAAUAACCCCACAUGAGACCCACCACUCGACAAUAAAUAAUCCUCAUACAAGCCUGACAAUAGUGUGACCUCCACAACAACCCAAAAAAUAAACAAUAAACUACAACAAUUUCAUUAACUCUAAUAAGAGUUAGGCAACAUCUAUCAAGACUUCUUCAGCAGCUAAAAUAUACUUGCUAUACAAUCGGUAUCUAAGUUUCUCUCACACAAGAUCCACACAAAAGAAACAAACUCAAAACAACAAAGAGAUUUUAUCAGCUACAAAACUGUACAUUUUCAUGAUUGAGUUACCAUUUUUUUAUCGUUUUUGUGAGGUCUGGCUCAUGCAUAGCCCAUCAGUACUUCUGGCCUACUGUCGAUGAUAUUAUAUGGGCAAGAUAGAGUUGGGUUUAGUCGGCGAAGCCCACCACUGGAUCAUCUAUAUGAUACAAGCAUUAGGUCUAGUACUCUCUACGGUUCAUUAUCAUCAAGCUGGCCCACCAACGUUGAGCUUAACUUGGUCAAAAAAAAAUAAUUCUUAUCGGGCCAAAAGUCCAAGCCGACUAGACGGCGGCAGCGGCGCGCAUGGUGAGCCUUCUCUCCCUUGAGCUGUUUAACCUCUCAUAGCAUGAAGCCAUAUAUAUAUAACUCAACAUUGAGUCUCCCAACCGAUGUGAAACUUUACUCAGUUUCUUCAUUAAAGCCAAAAGGCUUUUUAUUAACCCGUAGGCCCAUUUCUAUUCAAUUCUUGCCUUAUAUUAUUUUACACAUUUGGUUUGAUAAUUUAGGCCCAACAGAUCUGAUGAGAUCGCGAUGAAGCCAACGUCCCGAGACUGAGGAAGCCGACAUCUCGCUCGAGACCAGUGCAAAAAACUUCUCGCUGGAGACAACUGAACUGAUUCAUCGCUCAAGACUGACGAAAACUGCCAGCAUGGUACGAUUGAUCAAAGAUCAAACCCAACCGGGGUAGACUUGAUCCACGAUGAUGAAACCAGGAGCCACAAGUCGCUGCCACGGACAAAAAUCUAUUAUGGACCAAAUGGUCAAAAAAAAGUCUACAACAUCCAAAAAAAAUCUAACAUGGACCAAUUAAAGGGAAAUGACGAUUUUGCCAUUAAUGAAAGAGUAAUAUGGGCCAUUGGAUCAUAACAUCUACGUUUUAAUCUUGGCCAUACAAUUUAACACAUGUCUCAUUCUCCCUCCUUCUCUUUUUUUAAUCUCAGCCACUCACAUCCACACAAUCUUCCUUAUCUCAUUCUCUCAUUCGAGUUGGUAAAACUAGUAUAACUCGUACAACUAAACAUUUUAAAAAAUUAUAUAAUUAGUAUAAAAAUAUUAUAAUUUACACAUGAAAUUAACAAAUAAAUAUUCUAAUUGGUAUAUGAUGACAAAAAUGUCUUCUAAUUCGUUUAAGAUUUUUCAAUUUUUUGUUAUAUUAUUGUAUUACACACUUAAUUUUAUAUUAUAUAUUUAUACUUUUAAGGUUAUUAACUAUAUUAGCCAUAUUUUUAUGAUAAUCAAACAUCAAACAUAUUUUACAAAGCUAUGAUGUGAAAAUAUUGGUACAACCCUUAUAACUAGACAUAUAACCAAUAUAUAUAUAUAUAUAUAAUUUUUAUUAUAUAUUAGACUAGUAUUACUGGUAUAACUAGUACAACUUCGACGUUUCAGAAAUUAACAAAACCAAUUUGGUAUUUCAUAUGAGAAAAACAAUCAUAUAUCCCAGUUGGUAUGUACUCAUAAAGUUUCUCUUAAUUUAAAUUGAAGUUUUAGAAAAAAAUAUAAAAAUUAUUACACAAUUCCAUAAGUUUACAUGAUCUACCUUAUACUUUUAAUGUUUGUUAACUUGUUUGUCCACAUAAGUUUUGGAAAACAUACAUGAAAUGUAGUUUUACAAAAUUGAUGAUUUCAUUGUAACCGGGCAAAGACAUGUAAACAUAAAUAAGUGGUACAACUGAGAUAAAAUGUAUUUAUUAUGUGGUACAACUAAUAUUUUAUGAUUUCACUGCCAAAAUACAACUAUGCACAAACUGGUACAACUCAAAAACUAGUACAACUAUUUACAGUCGGUACAACUAGAAAACUGGUACAACUACUUGUUAUUUUAUUUAGUAUUAUUUUAAAUAUGCAUCAUGUUGUAACUUAAAUAUAUCAUCCCAUUUAAAUAUGUAAUUAUAGAUUAAAAUUAUGCUAUGAAUAUAUUUGAUAUCUUUUUUUAAAAGUAAAAAUAAUUUUCUGUAUUAUUUUCAUUAAUAUAUUUUCUUGCAAUAUAUUUGACUUAAUAUUAUUUACUAGUUAUUUUUUAAUAACUUUUCAUUAUAUAUUAAACGUUUACUACUAGUACAACUCAUAUAAUUAAAAAUAUAUUCAUAUACUAGACAUGUAAUAUUGGUACUACUGGUUCAACUUCUUAAUUAUAGAAAUUUUAUUGGGAAAAUUGCCAAAACAGAAUAAAAAAACAGAAUGGUUGUCCCUAUGGUAUAAAUUCAAUCUAAAGUUGUCCCUAUAGUAUAAUUUUCUUCAUAAUACCAAAAUUAACCUUAAACUAAUCCCAUUAUAAAUGAUUAAUUGUAUUUAAAAAAAAUGGAAAUCAGUUUGUUUAAAUGGGGAAAGAAUAAAAAAAAAACAAUCUAAAGGGAAAAUUGUACCCCUAAUUCCCGUAACCCUAAUAAAAAAUAAAACAAUCUCUCCGCCUCUCUCUAUCACAGCGACGAAGAAGGCGAUUGCGUCUUCUCCGGUAAAAUCAACGGCGAGUGCAGACGCCACCGGUGGAAAUUUCGGUUCCCACACUAUUGUCAUAGUACAAACACCAAACAUGAAGCCUAUCCAUCAUUUUCAAACCCGUGAGGGCUUCUACAUCAUCUUUGCAUUAUACUCUUUUAAAUCUUCUACAUCAUCUUUGCAUUAUACUCUUUUAAAACAAAAUAUAACCAUAUUAGUUGGAGAGUUGUACUGGUUAUACGCGUUUCAGUUUUACUAAUAUACAUGUUAUACUCCUUCUAGCUGUAUUAUAGGCUAUUACAAAACACAUCUUAACCUAAUAUAAUUUUUCUGGCUUUGCAACUACCUUCUUCGGCUUCGAGAGCAAAAAGAAUGAAGAUGAUUUUUUCCUAAAUAGUACAACUAGUAAAACAAAUUCAUUAUCAAAAUUAAAUAUUAUAGAAAACAAACUAUUAAAAUAUUUUAAUACAUAUAGGUGGGAGGAUUGUACCAAUUUUUCAUUGGUUCUGCAUCAUCAUCUUCUAUAACAUUAUUAAUAAGCUGAAAACAAAAACCAAAUAUCACUAUACUAAUUGCAAAGUUAUACUAGUUAUAUGCGUUCUAGUUGUACUAGUCAUAGUGGUUAUACUCACUCUAGUUAUACUAGAUGUACUGGUUUGAGUUGUACUAGUUGUACUAGUUUGAGUUGUACUAGUUAUACUAUUAAUACUCUGUGUUCUUCUUUGACGCGAAUUUUUUACAACGAAGAUGAAAUUCGAUUCAGAUAAGAGUAAAUCGAUUAAGGAUGAUAAUAGGUCGAUCGAUUUGGGAUAAGAACAAGAAAACAAUAAUAUAAAUCUGGGUUAAAAACAAGAACAACAAAAUUGGAUUGUGGGAGGUGAAGGAGAUUGUGUUUUGAUUUGGGGAUGUAGGGUUACAAAUGGGUCGGAUUCUGGGUCAGAAAAUGGGUCGGAUUUUGGGUAGGAUAAUAGUGGCACAGGUUGUAAAUAAGUUAAUGUCUUCUGGUUUUUCAGUUAUUUACUUUUGUUUAAUAUUUAAAUUUUAACUGAAAAUAAAUAGAAAUUAUGAGUGGGUCAUUUUAGAUUUUUUUGACCCCUUGUGGUCCAUUUUAGGAUUUGCAAAAAUCUAUUAUGGACCAAAUGGUCAAAAAAAAGUCUACAACAUCCAAAAAAAAUCUAACAUGGACCAAUUAAAGGGAAAUGACGAUUUUGCCAUUAAUGAAAGAGUAAUAUGGGCCAUUGGAUCAUAACAUCUACGUUUUAAUCUUGGCCAUACAAUUUAACACAUGUCUCAUUCUCCCUCCUUCUCUUUUUUUAAUCUCAGCCACUCACAUCCACACAAUCUUCCUUAUCUCAUUCUCUCAUUCGAGUUGGUAAAACUAGUAUAACUCGUACAACUAAACAUUUUAAAAAAUUAUAUAAUUAGUAUAAAAAUAUUAUAAUUUACACAUGAAAUUAACAAAUAAAUAUUCUAAUUGGUAUAUGAUGACAAAAAUGUCUUCUAAUUCGUUUAAGAUUUUUCAAUUUUUUGUUAUAUUAUUGUAUUACACACUUAAUUUUAUAUUAUAUAUUUAUACUUUUAAGGUUAUUAACUAUAUUAGCCAUAUUUUUAUGAUAAUCAAACAUCAAACAUAUUUUACAAAGCUAUGAUGUGAAAAUAUUGGUACAACCCUUAUAACUAGACAUAUAACCAAUAUAUAUAUAUAUAUAUAAUUUUUAUUAUAUAUUAGACUAGUAUUACUGGUAUAACUAGUACAACUUCGACGUUUCAGAAAUUAACAAAACCAAUUUGGUAUUUCAUAUGAGAAAAACAAUCAUAUAUCCCAGUUGGUAUGUACUCAUAAAGUUUCUCUUAAUUUAAAUUGAAGUUUUAGAAAAAAAUAUAAAAAUUAUUACACAAUUCCAUAAGUUUACAUGAUCUACCUUAUACUUUUAAUGUUUGUUAACUUGUUUGUCCACAUAAGUUUUGGAAAACAUACAUGAAAUGUAGUUUUACAAAAUUGAUGAUUUCAUUGUAACCGGGCAAAGACAUGUAAACAUAAAUAAGUGGUACAACUGAGAUAAAAUGUAUUUAUUAUGUGGUACAACUAAUAUUUUAUGAUUUCACUGCCAAAAUACAACUAUGCACAAACUGGUACAACUCAAAAACUAGUACAACUAUUUACAGUCGGUACAACUAGAAAACUGGUACAACUACUUGUUAUUUUAUUUAGUAUUAUUUUAAAUAUGCAUCAUGUUGUAACUUAAAUAUAUCAUCCCAUUUAAAUAUGUAAUUAUAGAUUAAAAUUAUGCUAUGAAUAUAUUUGAUAUCUUUUUUUAAAAGUAAAAAUAAUUUUCUGUAUUAUUUUCAUUAAUAUAUUUUCUUGCAAUAUAUUUGACUUAAUAUUAUUUACUAGUUAUUUUUUAAUAACUUUUCAUUAUAUAUUAAACGUUUACUACUAGUACAACUCAUAUAAUUAAAAAUAUAUUCAUAUACUAGACAUGUAAUAUUGGUACUACUGGUUCAACUUCUUAAUUAUAGAAAUUUUAUUGGGAAAAUUGCCAAAACAGAAUAAAAAAACAGAAUGGUUGUCCCUAUGGUAUAAAUUCAAUCUAAAGUUGUCCCUAUAGUAUAAUUUUCUUCAUAAUACCAAAAUUAACCUUAAACUAAUCCCAUUAUAAAUGAUUAAUUGUAUUUAAAAAAAAUGGAAAUCAGUUUGUUUAAAUGGGGAAAGAAUAAAAAAAAAACAAUCUAAAGGGAAAAUUGUACCCCUAAUUCCCGUAACCCUAAUAAAAAAUAAAACAAUCUCUCCGCCUCUCUCUAUCACAGCGACGAAGAAGGCGAUUGCGUCUUCUCCGGUAAAAUCAACGGCGAGUGCAGACGCCACCGGUGGAAAUUUCGGUUCCCACACUAUUGUCAUAGUACAAACACCAAACAUGAAGCCUAUCCAUCAUUUUCAAACCCGUGAGGGCUUCUACAUCAUCUUUGCAUUAUACUCUUUUAAAUCUUCUACAUCAUCUUUGCAUUAUACUCUUUUAAAACAAAAUAUAACCAUAUUAGUUGGAGAGUUGUACUGGUUAUACGCGUUUCAGUUUUACUAAUAUACAUGUUAUACUCCUUCUAGCUGUAUUAUAGGCUAUUACAAAACACAUCUUAACCUAAUAUAUUUUUUCUGGCUUUGCAACUACCUUCUUCGGCUUCGAGAGCAAAAAGAAUGAAGAUGAUUUUUUCCUAAAUAGUACAACUAGUAAAACAAAUUCAUUAUCAAAAUUAAAUAUUAUAGAAAACAAACUAUUAAAAUAUUUUAAUACAUAUAGGUGGGAGGAUUGUACCAAUUUUUCAUUGGUUCUGCAUCAUCAUCUUCUAUAACAUUAUUAAUAAGCUGAAAACAAAAACCAAAUAUCACUAUACUAAUUGCAAAGUUAUACUAGUUAUAUGCGUUCUAGUUGUACUAGUCAUAGUGGUUAUACUCACUCUAGUUAUACUAGAUGUACUGGUUUGAGUUGUACUAGUUGUACUAGUUUGAGUUGUACUAGUUAUACUAUUAAUACUCUGUGUUCUUCUUUGACGCGAAUUUUUUACAACGAAGAUGAAAUUCGAUUCAGAUAAGAGUAAAUCGAUUAAGGAUGAUAAUAGGUCGAUCGAUUUGGGAUAAGAACAAGAAAACAAUAAUAUAAAUCUGGGUUAAAAACAAGAACAACAAAAUUGGAUUGUGGGAGGUGAAGGAGAUUGUGUUUUGAUUUGGGGAUGUAGGGUUACAAAUGGGUCGGAUUCUGGGUCAGAAAAUGGGUCGGAUUUUGGGUAGGAUAAUAGUGGCACAGGUUGUAAAUAAGUUAAUGUCUUCUGGUUUUUCAGUUAUUUACUUUUGUUUAAUAUUUAAAUUUUAACUGAAAAUAAAUAGAAAUUAUGAGUGGGUCAUUUUAGAUUUUUUUGACCCCUUGUGGUCCAUUUUAGGAUUUGCAAAAAUCUAUUAUGGACCAAAUGGUCAAAAAAAGUCUACAACAUCCAAAAAAAAUCUAACAUGGACCAAUUAAAGGGAAAUGACGAUUUUGCCAUUAAUGAAAGAGUAAUAUGGGCCAUUGGAUCAUAACAUCUACGUUUUAAUCUUGGCCAUACAAUUUAACACAUGUCUCAUUCUCCCUCCUUCUCUUUUUUUAAUCUCAGCCACUCACAUCCACACAAUCUUCCUUAUCUCAUUCUCUCAUUCGAGUUGGUAAAACUAGUAUAACUCGUACAACUAAACAUUUUAAAAAAUUAUAUAAUUAGUAUAAAAAUAUUAUAAUUUACACAUGAAAUUAACAAAUAAAUAUUCUAAUUGGUAUAUGAUGACAAAAAUGUCUUCUAAUUCGUUUAAGAUUUUUCAAUUUUUUGUUAUAUUAUUGUAUUACACACUUAAUUUUAUAUUAUAUAUUUAUACUUUUAAGGUUAUUAACUAUAUUAGCCAUAUUUUUAUGAUAAUCAAACAUCAAACAUAUUUUACAAAGCUAUGAUGUGAAAAUAUUGGUACAACCCUUAUAACUAGACAUAUAACCAAUAUAUAUAUAUAUAUAUAAUUUUUAUUAUAUAUUAGACUAGUAUUACUGGUAUAACUAGUACAACUUCGACGUUUCAGAAAUUAACAAAACCAAUUUGGUAUUUCAUAUGAGAAAAACAAUCAUAUAUCCCAGUUGGUAUGUACUCAUAAAGUUUCUCUUAAUUUAAAUUGAAGUUUUAGAAAAAAAUAUAAAAAUUAUUACACAAUUCCAUAAGUUUACAUGAUCUACCUUAUACUUUUAAUGUUUGUUAACUUGUUUGUCCACAUAAGUUUUGGAAAACAUACAUGAAAUGUAGUUUUACAAAAUUGAUGAUUUCAUUGUAACCGGGCAAAGACAUGUAAACAUAAAUAAGUGGUACAACUGAGAUAAAAUGUAUUUAUUAUGUGGUACAACUAAUAUUUUAUGAUUUCACUGCCAAAAUACAACUAUGCACAAACUGGUACAACUCAAAAACUAGUACAACUAUUUACAGUCGGUACAACUAGAAAACUGGUACAACUACUUGUUAUUUUAUUUAGUAUUAUUUUAAAUAUGCAUCAUGUUGUAACUUAAAUAUAUCAUCCCAUUUAAAUAUGUAAUUAUAGAUUAAAAUUAUGCUAUGAAUAUAUUUGAUAUCUUUUUUUAAAAGUAAAAAUAAUUUUCUGUAUUAUUUUCAUUAAUAUAUUUUCUUGCAAUAUAUUUGACUUAAUAUUAUUUACUAGUUAUUUUUUAAUAACUUUUCAUUAUAUAUUAAACGUUUACUACUAGUACAACUCAUAUAAUUAAAAAUAUAUUCAUAUACUAGACAUGUAAUAUUGGUACUACUGGUUCAACUUCUUAAUUAUAGAAAUUUUAUUGGGAAAAUUGCCAAAACAGAAUAAAAAAACAGAAUGGUUGUCCCUAUGGUAUAAAUUCAAUCUAAAGUUGUCCCUAUAGUAUAAUUUUCUUCAUAAUACCAAAAUUAACCUUAAACUAAUCCCAUUAUAAAUGAUUAAUUGUAUUUAAAAAAAAUGGAAAUCAGUUUGUUUAAAUGGGGAAAGAAUAAAAAAAAAACAAUCUAAAGGGAAAAUUGUACCCCUAAUUCCCGUAACCCUAAUAAAAAAUAAAACAAUCUCUCCGCCUCUCUCUAUCACAGCGACGAAGAAGGCGAUUGCGUCUUCUCCGGUAAAAUCAACGGCGAGUGCAGACGCCACCGGUGGAAAUUUCGGUUCCCACACUAUUGUCAUAGUACAAACACCAAACAUGAAGCCUAUCCAUCAUUUUCAAACCCGUGAGGGCUUCUACAUCAUCUUUGCAUUAUACUCUUUUAAAUCUUCUACAUCAUCUUUGCAUUAUACUCUUUUAAAACAAAAUAUAACCAUAUUAGUUGGAGAGUUGUACUGGUUAUACGCGUUUCAGUUUUACUAAUAUACAUGUUAUACUCCUUCUAGCUGUAUUAUAGGCUAUUACAAAACACAUCUUAACCUAAUAUAAUUUUUCUGGCUUUGCAACUACCUUCUUCGGCUUCGAGAGCAAAAAGAAUGAAGAUGAUUUUUUCCUAAAUAGUACAACUAGUAAAACAAAUUCAUUAUCAAAAUUAAAUAUUAUAGAAAACAAACUAUUAAAAUAUUUUAAUACAUAUAGGUGGGAGGAUUGUACCAAUUUUUCAUUGGUUCUGCAUCAUCAUCUUCUAUAACAUUAUUAAUAAGCUGAAAACAAAAACCAAAUAUCACUAUACUAAUUGCAAAGUUAUACUAGUUAUAUGCGUUCUAGUUGUACUAGUCAUAGUGGUUAUACUCACUCUAGUUAUACUAGAUGUACUGGUUUGAGUUGUACUAGUUGUACUAGUUUGAGUUGUACUAGUUAUACUAUUAAUACUCUGUGUUCUUCUUUGACGCGAAUUUUUUACAACGAAGAUGAAAUUCGAUUCAGAUAAGAGUAAAUCGAUUAAGGAUGAUAAUAGGUCGAUCGAUUUGGGAUAAGAACAAGAAAACAAUAAUAUAAAUCUGGGUUAAAAACAAGAACAACAAAAUUGGAUUGUGGGAGGUGAAGGAGAUUGUGUUUUGAUUUGGGGAUGUAGGGUUACAAAUGGGUCGGAUUCUGGGUCAGAAAAUGGGUCGGAUUUUGGGUAGGAUAAUAGUGGCACAGGUUGUAAAUAAGUUAAUGUCUUCUGGUUUUUCAGUUAUUUACUUUUGUUUAAUAUUUAAAUUUUAACUGAAAAUAAAUAGAAAUUAUGAGUGGGUCAUUUUAGAUUUUUUUGACCCCUUGUGGUCCAUUUUAGGAUUUGCAAAAAUCUAUUAUGGACCAAAUGGUCAAAAAAAAGUCUACAACAUCCAAAAAAAAUCUAACAUGGACCAAUUAAAGGGAAAUGACGAUUUUGCCAUUAAUGAAAGAGUAAUAUGGGCCAUUGGAUCAUAACAUCUACGUUUUAAUCUUGGCCAUACAAUUUAACACAUGUCUCAUUCUCCCUCCUUCUCUUUUUUUAAUCUCAGCCACUCACAUCCACACAAUCUUCCUUAUCUCAUUCUCUCAUUCGAGUUGGUAAAACUAGUAUAACUCGUACAACUAAACAUUUUAAAAAAUUAUAUAAUUAGUAUAAAAAUAUUAUAAUUUACACAUGAAAUUAACAAAUAAAUAUUCUAAUUGGUAUAUGAUGACAAAAAUGUCUUCUAAUUCGUUUAAGAUUUUUCAAUUUUUUGUUAUAUUAUUGUAUUACACACUUAAUUUUAUAUUAUAUAUUUAUACUUUUAAGGUUAUUAACUAUAUUAGCCAUAUUUUUAUGAUAAUCAAACAUCAAACAUAUUUUACAAAGCUAUGAUGUGAAAAUAUUGGUACAACCCUUAUAACUAGACAUAUAACCAAUAUAUAUAUAUAUAUAUAUAAUUUUUAUUAUAUAUUAGACUAGUAUUACUGGUAUAACUAGUACAACUUCGACGUUUCAGAAAUUAACAAAACCAAUUUGGUAUUUCAUAUGAGAAAAACAAUCAUAUAUCCCAGUUGGUAUGUACUCAUAAAGUUUCUCUUAAUUUAAAUUGAAGUUUUAGAAAAAAAUAUAAAAAUUAUUACACAAUUCCAUAAGUUUACAUGAUCUACCUUAUACUUUUAAUGUUUGUUAACUUGUUUGUCCACAUAAGUUUUGGAAAACAUACAUGAAAUGUAGUUUUACAAAAUUGAUGAUUUCAUUGUAACCGGGCAAAGACAUGUAAACAUAAAUAAGUGGUACAACUGAGAUAAAAUGUAUUUAUUAUGUGGUACAACUAAUAUUUUAUGAUUUCACUGCCAAAAUACAACUAUGCACAAACUGGUACAACUCAAAAACUAGUACAACUAUUUACAGUCGGUACAACUAGAAAACUGGUACAACUACUUGUUAUUUUAUUUAGUAUUAUUUUAAAUAUGCAUCAUGUUGUAACUUAAAUAUAUCAUCCCAUUUAAAUAUGUAAUUAUAGAUUAAAAUUAUGCUAUGAAUAUAUUUGAUAUCUUUUUUUAAAAGUAAAAAUAAUUUUCUGUAUUAUUUUCAUUAAUAUAUUUUCUUGCAAUAUAUUUGACUUAAUAUUAUUUACUAGUUAUUUUUUAAUAACUUUUCAUUAUAUAUUAAACGUUUACUACUAGUACAACUCAUAUAAUUAAAAAUAUAUUCAUAUACUAGACAUGUAAUAUUGGUACUACUGGUUCAACUUCUUAAUUAUAGAAAUUUUAUUGGGAAAAUUGCCAAAACAGAAUAAAAAAACAGAAUGGUUGUCCCUAUGGUAUAAAUUCAAUCUAAAGUUGUCCCUAUAGUAUAAUUUUCUUCAUAAUACCAAAAUUAACCUUAAACUAAUCCCAUUAUAAAUGAUUAAUUGUAUUUAAAAAAAAUGGAAAUCAGUUUGUUUAAAUGGGGAAAGAAUAAAAAAAAAACAAUCUAAAGGGAAAAUUGUACCCCUAAUUCCCGUAACCCUAAUAAAAAAUAAAACAAUCUCUCCGCCUCUCUCUAUCACAGCGACGAAGAAGGCGAUUGCGUCUUCUCCGGUAAAAUCAACGGCGAGUGCAGACGCCACCGGUGGAAAUUUCGGUUCCCACACUAUUGUCAUAGUACAAACACCAAACAUGAAGCCUAUCCAUCAUUUUCAAACCCGUGAGGGCUUCUACAUCAUCUUUGCAUUAUACUCUUUUAAAUCUUCUACAUCAUCUUUGCAUUAUACUCUUUUAAAACAAAAUAUAACCAUAUUAGUUGGAGAGUUGUACUGGUUAUACGCGUUUCAGUUUUACUAAUAUACAUGUUAUACUCCUUCUAGCUGUAUUAUAGGCUAUUACAAAACACAUCUUAACCUAAUAUAAUUUUUCUGGCUUUGCAACUACCUUCUUCGGCUUCGAGAGCAAAAAGAAUGAAGAUGAUUUUUUCCUAAAUAGUACAACUAGUAAAACAAAUUCAUUAUCAAAAUUAAAUAUUAUAGAAAACAAACUAUUAAAAUAUUUUAAUACAUAUAGGUGGGAGGAUUGUACCAAUUUUUCAUUGGUUCUGCAUCAUCAUCUUCUAUAACAUUAUUAAUAAGCUGAAAACAAAAACCAAAUAUCACUAUACUAAUUGCAAAGUUAUACUAGUUAUAUGCGUUCUAGUUGUACUAGUCAUAGUGGUUAUACUCACUCUAGUUAUACUAGAUGUACUGGUUUGAGUUGUACUAGUUGUACUAGUUUGAGUUGUACUAGUUAUACUAUUAAUACUCUGUGUUCUUCUUUGACGCGAAUUUUUUACAACGAAGAUGAAAUUCGAUUCAGAUAAGAGUAAAUCGAUUAAGGAUGAUAAUAGGUCGAUCGAUUUGGGAUAAGAACAAGAAAACAAUAAUAUAAAUCUGGGUUAAAAACAAGAACAACAAAAUUGGAUUGUGGGAGGUGAAGGAGAUUGUGUUUUGAUUUGGGGAUGUAGGGUUACAAAUGGGUCGGAUUCUGGGUCAGAAAAUGGGUCGGAUUUUGGGUAGGAUAAUAGUGGCACAGGUUGUAAAUAAGUUAAUGUCUUCUGGUUUUUCAGUUAUUUACUUUUGUUUAAUAUUUAAAUUUUAACUGAAAAUAAAUAGAAAUUAUGAGUGGGUCAUUUUAGAUUUUUUUGACCCCUUGUGGUCCAUUUUAGGAUUUGAUCCCGCUGCCACCCUGGUCACUAAGACGCAUAAAACAAACGAUCUAACCAUCAGAUCUGAUGGGAACCGACGGAACAACAGACCAAGCGGAGACAAUCCUAUAGCUCAAUCUACUACUUCAGGCAGGUAUCUCCCUUGCCGACAGCACACACCUUAAAGAGGAGGAGGAGCUGUAAUGCGCACGCGCCACUCCCAUCGCCAAACCACCGAGAAUCUCCAGGUGCUCCUAAAUUUUCCAUCUCACGAUCUGUAUAUUUCUAGACCGAAGAGACGACUCACCUGGAUCCGGAUCAAACCACCAAAACCUGAGUUUAAGAGGACCAGACGAAAUUCGUACAGGGAACUUAAACAGGAAAAUCCCUCGAGCCUUCGAGCCUUCGAGCUCCAGAUAAAGGGACCAAGUAAGCUUAAUAGGAUGUUUCCUACAAUAACCCGAACCCAUAAGCGACCAACUUGCGAAAUAGUACCAAUGUAAACAAUUUCAUAGGUUACAUUGAAAAUAGUGUGAACACUGAAGGACGAUAUCCUCCACCGAUGACCUAAAGAGGUGGAUAUUUUUUUGGUAAACACAUAACUCAACAAAUUCAACAGCUCGCAAGACUCCUCAUCUUCUGAUAAAGAAAAAAAUGAUAUCUCUAUUUUAUCCCAGAACUCGAAUUCGUUGGAGGAAGGCUAAAACCGAUUCCUUAAAACAAAAUGACCUCUUUUCACGAGAUUUGAACUUGAAAAAAGCAUAGUAGAUGAAGGACGUGUUCCAUGGACGAACCUAACCAUGAAGUUACUUUCUUUGAAAGCAAACGACGAAUCUAGACAAAUCAUAAUGAUACGCAUAUUUCUAAACGAAAACAAGACCACAAUAAAGAAAAAGCUUUAUAUCUCAAGUCCUCAAACGUGACCUAGCUCCGUAAACGGCAUUCCGAGCAUGAGAGCUCGAGACCUAAGGAGAGCGCGGGCUGAGCAAGAGAGGGACCAAAAAGAUUACUUGCUUUCUAUGUAAUUAAAUCAUUUACGUUUGCGAAACGACCAAAAGAUUCCUCCACCAUCUGAUUAUGGAACGAGAAGAACACGAGGAGUAUUUCUUAAUGUUUAUUUCAUUAAAUAAACACAAAUUGGAUAAAAGUCCAGAAUCGUACACACAACAAAAAUGAACCUAGCUCAUGCCAAUCACAUGAGCUCGUCUCCAUACGAUGCAGUUUACACAAAUCAGACGUCUCCUUGAGACGAUUAUAAUCAAACUACGUCUAGACUUACAAGUGUCAGGACGCUCGAUAUGAUCCGAAAUGGACGAGUUGUAUGCGAACCAAAUAAAUAAUUCAUAUCCCGGACGCCUCGCCCUCUCAUCAGCUACACGAGGAACACAUGAUCAAACGUCCAACACAUUUACUUCUCAGUUAGCUCAAAGUUACCAGGACCAAAACACAUCCAUGCGAUAAAAAAUUCUUUAUAAUCUAUUUAUGCAUAUCAAUAUAGUGCAUAAGAUAAUACAUAUUCUUGCAUAGCUAUUGUGAUCUUCUGAGUCAUCAGAUUCAUAUUGAUUCAUUAUUUUGCAUCACAACUUCAUAAAUAAACUUAUACAACUGCAAAAUGUUUUAUAAACUCUUCUUGCACAAGCUUGAAUUCUUAGCGAGUUUACCAUGCGGUCUCAAACGACCCAAGCUCGCAUCGACCUAAAAUACCAUCCAUAUAAUAAAAGAAAAAACAAUAUCGAUAAACCACGUCCUUAGGCCAUCACUGGCCCGCGAGUUAGAUUCCUAUCAGCUUCUAUCUCGCAAAACACCUCGAGGACGAGCGAUAUAAAUUGCUCCAGUAACCGAACCAAAGUAAAAACUCAACUAUCGAACGUGUAGCCGAUCAUUUUGCAUUGACUUAAUGAUUCAUUGGGAUUAUAUUUCUAGUUCCGUACCUUUACACAAACACAAAAUAUUUACACAAACGGCGUGAAAUAAACGACUAGAUUCAUAUCAAAAAGCUCAUAAAAUAAAACAAGCUUAAUAAACAUAUUUAUUAUGCAAAUCCAAUCUACCACGAGAGAUCAAGGUAACUCCGCAUCAGCAACCCUGUGCACAAGCUCGUCCCACUACCUUUACAGCCACAAGCUCCAUCCAACUUUCAUCUCACCAGCAGGAUCCACAUCAUAUUACAUCGAAAUCUUGUCCGGACCCGUGUACAUAAACGAAAUCGGUCACCUGAUGAUCAAAAGAACCUCAGAUGACUCGGUGUAAUGCAUCUAGUAGCUUAGGUCGGACUCAUAUUUUGAUCACGACAAAGGCGCCAAGACCAAAUGCUUCAUGCGACCUCUUGUGAGCGACCUCACUAAGUAAUGGCAAACGACUUUGUAAACUCCCUAGAAGAAAAUCAAAUUGGAAUUGUAUUAUUGUUCCGGAUGCUUUACCGCCCUCCAACCUCGCCACCUUGCUUGAAGAACUGGGGGACAAAUGUUGGACCAUAAUUCGGCACCAAGUUUCAUGUGAUUAAUAAAAUGUCAAAAGACGACGUCAAAAGUUAGUUAGCAAGCUCCCCAUAUUUCGGACUCACAUGGACCUAAGAAGAGGUCAAAGAUUUGAUCAAAUAUUAAGGAGCACGUGCAACUAACUUACGAACUGACGGAGGCUGAUUGCUCCUAUAAAAGACGAAGUUAUUACUCUUGUAAAGAGGGGGCUUCUUCUGGAGAUGGACGAGACACAAAGCUUGCAAAAAAGGAAUAAAGACCCACGAACAUGAAAAGAGACUUCGGUCUCGGCAAAAUCGACAUCUUCCUCCACCAACACAUGAUGGAAUCAUUAUAUCUAUUUAAUGAUUAAACAAGUCAUCCAUUUUUUGAUGAUUUAAGAAGAACGAGAGAGAUGAGAUUCCCAAUAAUAAUCUCACGACGUAAACACAUCUUUGUAAUUGUGAAAACAAGAAUCCAUAACGAUAGCGACCCUCGUAUCAUGUUAAUGAUCGACCUUAUCUUCAUACGACAAGAUCGAUCUAAAGAGAUCAUAUGCAGUUCGAGAACUUAUCAAUCGUACACUAACUACUAGUUAUUCAAGACAAGAGAUCUCGAAGCAAACAUCGAGCUCGAGACCGAGAAUCCGAGGUCUCUCCCGAGACCGAAGAUACUGACAUCUCUUUCGACAUGAUUAUAAUCGAACUACGUUUAGACUUGAUCCCUUGACGGGUACGUAGGCAACUUGAUACCGAAUCCAGUCACGAUCUUUCUUUUCCUGAUAUUUGUAUGCUAUUUUUUUGUUGACUCAUACCUGAUUAAUUCGUUGCGUUCUAAAGA